GGGGUGCUGCUGGUCAUAUUCGAGGCGCGGCCUGACGCGCUGCCACAGAUUGCCUCCCUGGCGCUCAGGUCCGGAAACGGCCUGCUGCUCAAGGGAGGCAAGGAGGCGACCCACUCCAAUGCCGCCCUGCACAAGGUGAUUGUGGACGCCAUAGGGCCCUCCCUGGGCCCCGAUCUGAUCGCGCUGGUGACGAGCCGGGAGGAGAUCGAGAGCCUGCUGGCGCUGGAUGACGUGGUGGACCUGGUCAUCCCGCGCGGCUCCAACGCGCUGGUAUCCCACAUCAAGCGCAACACGCGCAUUCCCGUACUGGGUCACGCUGACGGCAUCUGCCACGUGUAUGUGGACGAGGAGGCUGACCUGGACACGGCCCUGCGCAUCCUGCUGGACGCCAAGACCGACUACCCGGCUGCCUGCAAUGCGGUGGAGAAGGUGCUUGUGCACAGGAGCUGGGCGGACAAGGGGGGGCUGCAGACCAUUACAGAGGCUCUUCAGAAGGCCGGUGUCAAGGUGCACGUCGGUGAUCUAAAGAGCUCGCUACCAGAUCUACCCGCGGCGCCCGCGGCCCGGCACGAGUACAGCGCCUUGGCCGUGACCUUGGAGGUGGUGGACAGCAUGGAGGCUGCCAUCGACCACAUACACAAGUACGGCAGUGCGCACACGGAUUGCAUCGUGACCAAGAACGGCGAGCGAGCGGAGGCUUUCCUGCGCGGUGUGGACAGCGCGUGCGUCUUCCACAAUGCCUCGACUCGCUUUGCGGACGGCUUCCGCUUCGGACUGGGAGCCGAGGUCGGGAUCAGCACCAGCCGCAUCCACGCGCGCGGACCGGUGGGGGUGGAGGGUCUCCUCACCACCAAGUGGGUGCUGCGGGGUGGCGGUCACAUCGUGGCCAAGGACACCGGAGUGAAGUUCACACACAGGCCGCUGAGCUCAGACGACAGCGCGCGGGGGGAGGCGGAGCCGCAGCAAGGCGGCAGGCGGCGCCAAGAUGGCGGAGGCCGCUGUGCAGUGAUGUAA